AUGUACAGCAAUGAAGCAGAUAUUGAUUGCCCGUGUUUGCAGUGCUCUGAUGAGGAAGCGCCGAUUGAAGCAGAGACAGCUUAAAUUGAAGAGGAGGAAUGCCAAAGACAUGAAGUCAAAACUCCAAAGGCUGAGGGAGGAGAUGCAAGAAAUUGGCGCUGAACAAAGAAGUAUCAGAGAAGGACAAAGACAAGUUAGAGAAAAAUUUGAAGCAAUUGAAGCCGAAUGCCAGAAGCUUAAGAGAGAAACUAGACUCGUUAUCCAGCAGAGCGCUAGAAACAAAAUCCGUCUGGCUAUUAUGUUUAGGAUUCUUAAGGCACGCGAAGAAGGCGACUUUACAAAGGCAAUCGAACUCACUAGGUUACUCCGUGAAAUGGUUGUGAGGGACAAUCUGUUAAUGAGGGCACCGAGCGCACCAGCAAGUGAUGAAUGAAAGUUGAAGUUGAAGGUUUACUUAUAUCCAAUUUGAUUCCAGUUUUGUUUAACAAAGCUGUGUAAUGUUUUAUCUAUAGCUAUAGCUGUAACUGUGUGAGGGAAGUGUUGUAUUAUAUUAUUAGGAAAAGUAUCUUAGGAUUUGAUAAUUAUAUUUUAAAAUAAUGAUUUAUUAUAAAA